CCCAUCAAUUGUCGGUAAAUAAGUACAAAUCAAAGGAGACAAAUAUUUGAGAUUGUGCGUAGUUGUUUCAGAUACACACAUGCCCCGUAUUUAAAUAUUGAUAUCGCAGUGCUAAGCAAGUGUGCCCGUGUUCAAGUUGGAGUGGACAAACGAACUUGUGCUGGAGUUUUUAGAAUUGUACGAAGAUGAACCUGUAAUAUGGCAUGGUUCGCAUAUUCAACAUAAAAAUAGGAACGACGCAUAUGAUGCAUGGUUACGGAUAAAGAAUAAGUUAAGCACGCCUUCUUCUAUAUCCGACUUAAAAAAGAAAAAGGAGUCACUAAUGUCAUUAUUCCAAACAUGCUUGAAUAAAGUAAAAGACAGUAGUAAAAGUGGAGCAGGUACUAGUGAUAUUUAUAAACCCACUUGGUUUGCCUUUGAAACAAUGGCACGUUUUUUGAGGAAUAAGGACGAACCAAAGAAAACAAUAAAUUCAGAGGAUAUUCUGCCACAGCUAGACGAGAAAUCCGGCGAAGGCGACAAACCGGAACAAAUACAGGAUGAUGUAACUGAUGCAACAAAUGGAAGUGAGCAUGGUGAAAAUGUUGGAACAACAUUAUAUGAAUCCUCACCACAAAGCGUUUUCAAGGUUCCUAGCAAGAAGAAAAUGAGAGGUUCGUUAGCAGCAGAUGAAGCCCUGCAUACACAAAUGCAAGAAGCAUACUCUAUACUGAAGAAAAAAAAAACAAAGAUGACUGCGAUCUAUAUUGCGAACUUCUUGCUGUAAAACUGCGCAAAAUGGAUGACUGAACGCGAGACAUCGUAAUGAAUCAAAUAGAUAAUAGCGUUUUUCGCACAAAAAUGGUUUAUUCUCAGUAUCAGUAUACCUGUUGCUCAGGUAAUGAACACCCGCCUGCUCCUCAAACACACGUCGUUCCACUACCGACAGCUGUCAGAUGUUCACAACCAUACUCUCCACCAUUCACAGAUUUCAUCUUCACCAGUCUCAGAUGUUUCCCAUUCCUAUCACUCGGAACCAGAGUUACGUUCUAUCAACACAGUGAAUGACGAUGUUAAUUCAUUACAGUCCAACGAAGAUAUAACAAUCGCAACUUUUUUAACAACUUUUCAGUGAAAUAUUUCUAUCUUUUAGUUUUAAGAUUGGUAUUAUUUCUAUUAUAUGCUCCAAUUUGUCCAGAGAGCUUUGUUAUGUUCC